GGUUUAUUGUCCCCUUCUUCCUAUUUCAUUGCUUUCUUUUUUUACAAAUCCUUUCCUUUAAAGUUCGGUUAAAAUUAGUAUGAAUGGAGAAGAUUGGAAAGACAUUGAUUAUUCCUUAGGGGAGACACAAAUUCCUUCAGCUUUGAAAUUGGACGCAAGUAUUGUACACAAUAUUUGCCGCUUUUUAAACAGUAGGAAAGAUCGUUAUGAAGCCACGUUGAUUCACCCGAAAUGGUCCUAUGCUGCACAUUCAGUUUUAUGGGAAGAGAUCAGCUUUGAUCACCCUUCCAUGUUCCGUAAAUUUUAUCAAGCAGUUAUGAACAACAACAAGUCAGCUCAGUACGUCAAAUCAAUUCAGUUUACGUUAAAGGAUCGCCCUCCCCAUCCACACAGUACUCACUUAUUCAACGACAUUAUUAAAUCUACAUCACCUCGCCAUGCAGGUGACAAUGGCGUCCUGACGAAAAGAUUAGAUAUCUUGUUGCAGAUCGUUAAGGCUUGUGAAAACAUUACAACACUUGCAAUAUAUGGGUGGUGUUUAAAGUCGACUCAUGUGGAGACACUAGCCACUAUCGCGAGAAACUUGUCGUCAUUAUAUUUAAUAGGUGCCGACCCUGAUCCUAACGUGACUAAGAAACUACCGCCCCCUAUCCAUAUCAAAAGUAUCGCACCACGCUUGCGAUCGCUCCGUUUGGACGGCGAUUUCAAGUUGAAUGACGCAUGGGCAGCUGCGUUAGUUCAAAAAGCAGCACGUUUAGAAGAGUUACAACUCUCUUUAACAAGCAUGAAUAAUGAACAGACUCUUCAAGCAAUCUGCUCACAACGUUUACUUCAUUUGACAAAGUUAAUAUUAACAGACGCUGCUGUGCUAUAUGAGCAGCAUAUUACAUGCAUCUUGCGGGCUUUUCCGAAAUUGACACAUUUUUGCCUAGAAGGAGUGAAGCAAUCACUUAGCUUGAUCACUAUUAUACGCGCUGUUCAUUAUUGCCCGCAAUUACGAAGCCUUGAAAUACGCGCCUCACCUUCAAUGGAUGAUCAAGCAUCUCUUUCUUCCAAUAUAACUGACAUUUUACGUUCACUAAAAGAGGAAGUAAAGCAAAAUAAGUGGUCAGCAUCUUUAUCAAAUUCAUCCACAGCGAUGUUGAGCCGAUUUGUAAUUGAGAAUAUGCCUGUAACGGAUGUGGAAAUGCAAUUAUUAAGUCCUUAUUUACGUCAAUUGCAAACACUUGGGUUGAAAAAUUGUCCCAAUAUCACUGACACAUCUUUUGAUCAUAUACUUGUUGAUCAAAAUGACAAUAGUGAAGUCAAAUACUUGCGCAUAGUUCAUAUAAUUCAAUGCCAACAAAUUACAUCCACUAUUCUCAGUAAAUUAGCGACUUCAACACAAUAUGCAUAUCAAACUGUGCAAAAUAUAUAUAUUGAUCAAUGUGGGGAAAUGACACCAAAAGAUAUAUACCAAUUGUGUCAUAAAUGUGCCGAUUACAACCUUCGGCAUCUCACAUUGGUCAAUUACCUUGAGUUAAAGAAGACGGUGGUAGGUUCCUUCAAUAACUAUCGGAGUGAUGAUUAUCAACCAUAUAUUCUUUACUUGGAUCGACAAGCUAUCGACGGUUUAGCCAAUACAACCGAUUCCUCAGUCAAAACAUUACCGAAACCUUGUUCUAUCACUGGAGUUGAAAUUGUAAUACUUGCUACGCACCUCAAUAUGGAUGUGGAUGACUUGGUCGAUCUUUUACAUAAAGUCAAGGAGGAAGCGAAUGACAAUAGGCAGGUUGAAAAUCAGCAACAAACUUUUAAACCCGUAGCUCAUGAUGCAAAGAUUAGAAAACCUGCUGAUCGUUUACAGCAAUUGAAAAUGGAGGCAAUGGUAUAUUCACAACAGCAACGGCCUACCACUCCUGCUCUAUGGUCUAGUGACUUGAAAGCAAAUGAUGACAGAGAAAACCAUUCAGCAUUUGAUACGAUACAAGAGGGUGACUCUUACGAAGAAUUUGACGAAUUCGAUGACCGCGGUGACAGUCCCUAUAUCGAUUAUAGUGAAGAGGACCAGCAAAGAGAUUCUGAGAACAGCCAAUAUGAUGAAGAAGAAGAUGAAGUAGAGGGUCCACACGAGGACUAUGAUGAUGUUAAUGAAAAUAGUGACGGCUAUGAAAAUACGGACGGUUUUAGGAAUAACGAUAACAAUGGUGAUAACGGUGAUGAUAUUGCCAAUAAAGAUGAUAGUGAUGACGAGGAGGAGGAGUAUGUAAAAUCCUCCUACCUUACAGAAUUUAGAGGACAACAUGCAAAGACGUCAAUUGCCAGUGCAAAAAAUAGUUUGCCAGCAACUUGGCGUGAUCAGUCUAUGAAUAAUUAUGGUGCAGACAGAAAUUUGAACUUGGGCUCAUGGGGCUCUCCUGCCAACAUCACGUGGGCCUCAUCUGCGGCCGCAUCUACAGCAACCGCAUCUGUAAUUAAUGGUGUAAACGGUAAUAGCGAUAAUCAUAAGGAACCACUAUCGUUCAGAAAUAUAAAUCCUCAACAACAGCAGCAAUCUUUGCAACAACAAUUCAGCGCUGGUGCUUGGAAUGCUUACAAAGAAGAGAACUAUCGAGACCAAUGGAAGCAGGACCCUUUGACUUCUUCCAAUACAAACGAUCUCAAUCAAUCUACCAAACACUUUGCACCUGCUCAUCACCGUAAUGCGCCCAAUGUUAUACAAUCCGAUGGAUGGGGCCAGACUAAAGGAUAUACGCCUUGGGAACAGACUGAAGGCUAUGUGAAAGAUGUGAUCGACGAACAAUCAAAACAAGAAUUUUGGAGUCAAAGCAACGAUGGUAAAUGGAUAAAACUCUCUUCGGUGAGCCCUUCUAUAUCUUCUGCUGCACAUCAUAACAAUGAUGUUGCUGAUUCAGGUGGUGUUGUUUUCGAGGAUGAAGGUUUCGCUCGACUUCAGCGUACCCCUCCACCCCCUCUGAUUACAGAUAUAAUGUUCUCUGAAGCUCAAAGAAAGGCAGUAAAAAAGCAACCAAACAAGACAGCUCCAAAUACCAAAAGAGCGGCUGCUACUACUAAUACUAUGGCCCGUUUUAGAGCUAAUUCGGUUGUUAGUUCGGACAACAGUGUAAGUUGGGAUGAUGAAGACAAGGAUGAAGUGAUUUUAAAGACGUAUCAUAAUAACAAUAAGACCGCAACAACUACCAACCAAAAUAAACAGAAUAAUACUGCUGGAGGUUUUAAUGGAAAGAAAGCCGCUAUUAGUGGAACAAGCAAUGCCGCUGCUGUAAGAUCAUGGCAUGAACACUUUAAAACCGAAGAUAUUGAGAGUAAAGCAGCAAAAGAUACUUGGAGUUCAUACCCUCAUACUAGCAUGAAUAAUCAAAGCACAAAGCAAACGUUCUCACGCUCCCCUGGUCCUGCUCAACCUCGGACUAUUACAUCCUCCAAUCAUGGUAAUAACUCUUCCGGUUCUCUAAAUAAUAGUUUAGCCUCUAUCGGUACCAGCGAUAACAACAAUAAAAUUCCUCGUGCAAGUACGCCAACGGCAACGGAGACGCUCAUUGAUACAGACAAUACACCAAUAUUUAAUUUUGAUCUCUUUUCGCCUGCUAUCAACGACAAACCUGCAAAUAUGCCUACAAGUGAUUUAUGGGACUCUAUCAGCAAUUUGAGCUUGCAAACAGGUCCACAGUUACGCAUGGAUUCAGUUCUAACCCCCACAAUGAAAGAGAGUAAUGAGAAGUUACAGCAAGCUUCUUCAAUACCCAGAGCAGCAAACACAACAACAGAAGUCAUCGAUUUCUUUGAUAUCAAUAAUGGGCGGAAAGACGAUGACAUACAUUUUGUUCAAUCAGUUCCCGGCACAACUUCUGAGAGGGAAAUGCAAAUGAAAGACACGCAGGAAAAAAAGGAUACUUUAGUAUCUUUAUUAGAUGAUAACAGCAGCAGCAAUAAUAACAUAGUUUUACCUACACCCACUAUAACGAAUACCGGUCAUAAUUUAUUAGAAGAAUUCAUGUCGUCCACUGUAACUACGCCUCAGUUUUCCAACGCCAUAGUAUCAAAGAAAGAGGAGCAGCAGCAGCACGAACAACAACAACAACAAACGAAUCGUAGAUUGGAUCGUAUAUCUUCAAUAGCGAAUAAUGUCAUUGAUACUUCUCGCGUCCCUACCACUUCUGCUACAGUCUCUGAGCCAGCAACAACAAAAACUACGAUAUCUGUUAAUAAUACUUCGGUGUCUGUACCCGAUGAGAUUCAAGAUUUUUCUUCACUUCUAAAAGAACAGCAGCAAGAGCCCUCGCCACCCGCGGCAAUACUAAGCACUCCUUUCAAUCACUUACCGCAGGAUACAGAUACGACACAAAGCGCUCUUAAUAAUCAUCAAGUACAAGAUUCUGACCAGCAGCAGCAAGAUUCCCCAGAUAAUACAGCAAUUUUGCCUGAUAAUGAAGCCAGUAACCAGCCCAAAAAAAGUAGACCUGUAAAAAUGAAGCUUCAGGUCCCAGGAGAGAAUAAUGAAUAUGUAUACGAGGUUUUGAAGAUUUAUGAGGUAACGUAAAACAUAUCUAGUCAACAGGCGAAACUCAACGUUGAUUAAUAUGAUUUUACAUUUUAUAGGAAGAUGAUUAUGAAAAAGUGGUUAGAGAAUUCUGCGAUAGAUUGAAGUUGCCCGAGAUCACAUAUGAACACAUAAGAGAUCAGGCUAAAGAUCGUUUGACUGCAAGGAAGACCAAAAAGGUCUUUAGUAAUUAUGCCAAGACUCGUAAAAAUAGAAAAUCACCAUGAAAAUGAUAAUGCAUGUCCCAACCGUACUACCAUCUUUAAUCAAUGAGUUUGCAGAUACAUGGUGAUAUCAACAUAACAUUGUAAAUUAUAUACACUACAGUGUAAGAACAACUAUAUAUAUAUUAUUUUUGGGUUCUUACCUAUAUACCGGCCGCUUCCUUUCUUAAGUAAAAGAUAAACCAUUGUUCACUGC